AUGGAUGCUGAAUUCAAUGGAACAUUUAUAACUCUUGGUGGUUUUGUAGACGUGGACAAAUAUGGAUAUAUUUACUUUGUCAUCUUGUUGACACUAUAUAUUAUCAUCCUCUGUGCUAACGGCACCAUUAUAUGUCUAAUCUGGAUCCACAGGAACCUUCAUGAGCCUAUGUACAUUUUCAUUGCUGCUUUGUCAAUCAACUCUGUUUUGUUUAGCACUGCUCUCUACCCUAAACUUUGCAUUGACGUCUUAUCUCAAAAACAGAUCAUUUCUUAUUCUGCUUGUAUGUUUCAAUAUUGUAUCUAUAAUUCUUUAGGUCCUUCAGAUGUCUUACUGUUGUCAGCCAUGGCUUAUGACAGGUAUGUGUCUAUCUGCAAACCCCUGCAGUAUCCAACUAUCAUGGGAAAAAGAACUGUUAUUGUCCUCUUGAUUUUGGCCUGGUUUUUACCUGCAAGCCAGCUUGCAGUUGGAGUUUUAAUUAUGUUUAAACAAAAAAUGUGCACUUUUACUACAGGUGGAUUUUGGUGCAACAAUUCAGUCCACAGGCUUUACUGUGUAAAAUCAACAUUUCUUACAGUUUAUGUUUUGAUUUUCAUAAUAGGUAUUGUUGUUAUUCCUGUGAUGUUCAUCCUUUUUACGUACAUAAAAAUAUUUCAAAUAACUUAUCAAAGUUGUGUCGAAGUGAGGAAAAAAGCUAUAGAGACAUGUUUACCCCACCUGAUGGUUUUAAUCUGCUCUUCUAGUUUAGGUGCAUUUGAUGCUACGACCGAUCGAAUGGAGUCAAAUCUUCCAAAAAGUAUACUUUUAGUAAUCACUUUUCAAAUAAUUGUGUUUUCUCCUUUGUUCAAUCCAAUCAUAUAUGGAGUGAAAAUGAAAGACAUUUCCAAACACAUCAAAACAUUGUUUUGUCAGGUCAAACCCCUGAAAUAA